AUGGACCUUCGAGUGUAUGUUGAUGGUGUUGCGCGCAUCAUCUGUGAUCUGACUCGAGCAACUACAGUACAUGAUAUCAUUAUUGCUCUUGCCCAGUAUAAAGGUAAAGCAGGCAGAUAUUCCUUAAUACAACGUGCACCUGAUGGAACACAGCGAACGUUGUCACCUAAUGAGUUAACAUGUGGGUUAAUUCAUCAUCCUGAUUGGGUUUAUAUUCUACGGCAAAAUCCAUCGAACCGAAGUCAAUCGAAUGGUCAAAAGCGUUCGAAGAGUUUAGAUGGACGAAAAACACCAACACAACAACAGCAACAACAACAACAGCCACCACCGCCACUGAAACAGCAGCAACAGCAGACAUUUUUUGACACACCAUCACCUAUUACCUCACCGGCUGAACAUUUUCGAACGAUAUCGGGUAAUGUAUUUGCGACAUUAACAUCUGACAAUAAAAAACGGGCAAAUAUCCAUCAGAUAUUUUCAUCUAAUAAAAGCAAUAAUAUCAAUCAUUAUCUUAUUGAUUCGACACCUCCGUCGCCAAGUUUAGCUCGACAUCGGCUAUCACGAACUCCACUUAGUGAAAAUCAUUCGCCAUUUCCCUAUGCCAGACCAAAAUCUGCUAUACCAUCAACAUUAAGUGAAAACAGUGCGUUUCAUAUUGUGCAUAAUCCGAACAGUAAUUAUAUAAAUAUUCAACAACAGCAACAACAAGAAUAUCUUGCAUUAAUUCAAAUCCUCAAAUCUCAAGAAUUACAAGUUGAACAGCAAGAAAAAGAAUUAAAUGAAAAACAAAAAGAAAUUGAAUAUCGCGAAGCUCUUCUUCGUCAAACACAAUUAUAUCAUGAUAAUAUCCAACAUGAGCUAAAAUUACUUGAAGAACACGAACGGCAUCUUCUCUCGGAAUGUCAAACUUUUACUCAAGAAUACUCGCCAGAUGCAUUGGACAUUGAACUAGACUUUCAUGAAAAGUUAAGUUCAAACUAUGAACAUCUACAACAGCAAAUCACCCGUUGUUCUUCAACGACAGAACAAAAACGACAAAUGCAAGAUCAACUUCAGUUCAGUAUUGAGCAAACACAUGAAGAAAUUGAACAAAUACAGGCGAAUAUUAAUAACGAUAAGAAGGAUAUCCUUCAAUACGAAUAUGAUCUUCAACGUUCAGAUGUUUCAUUAAAACAGCAAGAUGACUUAUUAGAUAUCUUGAAUCAGCGUAAUGCGGACAUCGAACGUAUUAUUCAACAAGAUCAAAAAGUUAUUAUGGACUUCGAAGAUGCAUUAAUCGAACUCGAAGAUCUAUUAAUGCAAGAUCUUCCCAAUGCUUCUUAUCAUUUUCAUGAGACUACCACACACGGUACGCUUAUGCCAGUGCAUCUUCAAUAUAUGAAUAGUACUCUUUUAAAAAUAUGCCCGAGUGGCAUAUGGGUUUAA